GAAGACAAGACAAGGGAAGAGCGGAGCAGAGAGCGCCGCGACCGCGAGCGCCCAACCCCCUCACCCCACCCACCUACACCUACUCCCUCCAGCAGAGCCGCCGCCGCCGUCCUGAUCCCGCGAUGUCCUCGUGGCUGCGGAGCGCGGUGAGCAAGGCCGUCGAGGCGGGCGGCCGCAGCGGCGUCACUCGCGCCGUGCUGGGCUACGCCGAUGCCGUCGCCCACCACGCCGGCCAGGCCGUCGCCGAGGGCACCAAAAUCCUCAAUGAUCGCAUGAUCACCCAGAACUACAAAAGUGUCAAGAAGACAGUGAAGCGCUUGGAAGAGGCGGCAGUCUCAUCGCGCGGGGAUCAGAGAGUUCAGGUGCUAACGCGCUGGCUCAGGUCACUUCAAGAGAUCGAGGCUGCGUUCGGAGGUUUGGAUGGGAGUGUCUCACAGAAUGUCUCUUCUAUUGACCCAAACAGCUUGAAAACACCAUUAGCAAGAGUUUUGUUUUAUGACGCUGACAUUGGAGGAGCUCCUAUGAACUUCCGAGAUGUAUUCCUCUAUAGCCAAGCACUUGAGGGUAUUACAUUGUCCAUGGUUCUUGAAGCUCCCAAGGAAGAAGAGGUCUCCCUGCUUUUGGAAAUUUUCGGCCUAUGUCUUACAGGAGGGAAAGAAAUCAAUAAUGCAAUUAUAAGCAGCAUACAAGACUUGGCAAAAUCAUUCUCAAUUUACCACGAUGAAGUCCUGGUGAAACGUGAAGAGCUGCUUCAGUUUACCCAGAGUGCUAUUUCAGGACUAAAGAGGAGUGUUGACAUUGUGAGGAUAGAUGCUGAAGCCUUAGAAUUGUGGAAGAAACUAGAUGAGGAGGCAUUGCGAGUUCAAUCAACUGAAGAUCCUGAAAAAGCUUCAGAAGAUACUGCUGUUGCAGUCGUUGAGUCUUUUAAAGAAGCACUCACUGAAGUGAGGUUCUGCUCUAGAAUGGAAGACCUUCUACUGAAGAAAAGAUCAAUUAACGCUGGGGAUUCCCCAGAGGUUCAUUUCCAGAAGGUUGACAAAUUAAAGGUCUUAGCAUCCUCCCUUGCCAAUUCAUCCUCCAAGGCAGAGAAGCGUAUUUUGGAUCACAGACGCCAGAAAGAGGAGGCUCUUAACUUUCGUGCCAAAAAGGAGAAUGAAGUGAGUGCAGUUGAAAAAGAGUUGACUGCUGAGAUUUCUGAAUUGGAGAUGCAAAGGGAUGAACUUGAGGCUCAGCUGAAGAAGGUCAACAUUUCACUGAAUGCUGCUGUUGGGCGGCUCAAGCUAACAAGGGAAGAGAGGGAUCAGUUUGAUGAAGCAAACAAUCAGAUGAUCUUUAGUUUAAAAGCGAAGGAGAAUGAACUUUCAAAAACUAUUGCCUCAUGUAAUGUGGAGGCUGGUGUAGUCAAGACUUGGAUCAAUUUCCUCGAGGAUACUUGGCAGCUCCAGUCGUCAUACGAUGAACAGAUUGAACAGAAAACCAAUGCUGAGCUAGAGAGAUGCACAAGCAAUUUUAUGAAGUUGACGAAAUAUCACCUUUCUACAUUCAAGGAAGUUCUAAGCCCAUCGAUUGAGCGGAUCCACACAUACGUGGAUAAUUUGGCAUUCUUAAAUUCAAGGGAUGACUCAACGGAACUUGAAGACGAGGAGGUGUCAGAAAAGACAAGCCCACAGAAAGCCCUUGAGGAGGAAUAUUUGGAAACUGAAAAGAAGAUCGUAAUUGCCUUCAGCAUCACUGAUCACAUGAAGAAGCUAUUUUAUUCCGAACAAGGGUACAGUUCUAGGAGAGAUGAUCCAGAGGUCAGGAGCUUAUUUUCGGAGAUAGAGAAACUGAGAGAGGCAUUCGAUUCUAUAGAAAGGCCGACACUAGAAAUCGAAAUCCGCAGAGCAAAGGUGCCAACAAAGGAGCGAAUCGAGUCGAGCUCUUCGCCUGUUCAGGCACCCUCUACGCCUAAAGCUGCGCCCAUGGGCUCUCCAAAAUCUCCAGUGAAAUCUGAGCAAACACUGGACCUUGGUUCGGAGCUCGCGGAGUUGGAGUUAGAAUUUGGUAAAUCCAACAGGUACUCCCCUGAAGAUAUAAGCGGGUGGGAGUUCGACGAGCUCGAAGAGGAGCUGCGAGCCGACAUAUCCAAAUCGAGCAAUACGAAAUGAACACAUGCAUCUACACCGUGAAGUGCAUACCAUGUUGCGCGCCUCUGGGCACUGCACGACCCCGAACACCCGAAUGUACAUAGUGUUGUUUUAUUGUGUCCAUUGCUGUCCUUUUUUUUGCGGGUGCAUUGCUCUGUCCUUAUGAGAGAUGCAAAUAUGUAAGACUACCGUUGAGGCCUUGACAAGUAAUUUCUUAUUUGUUUGUUCUUGUCAUGGACAUGUAUGCAUACAGAAACAGUGAAACAUACUCCUUGACAUUUGUAAAAAAUUCCAUGUAUAUGCUUUUCGUAUUUCUCAGCAUGGGAUUACCACUUGAAAACCAA